AUGCCUAAGCUCCCGGCGGCCACCCAGCCGGACGGCGCUCCCGGCUCUCGGACCUCGCCGGGCCAAGCCACUCCACGCCGGUUCCGUAUUGACAGCAAAUCCCGGUCAGGACACAACAGCUGGGAGCCAGAGGAAAAUAUCCUGGACCCAAGGCUGCUCCUGGCCUUCCAGAAGAAGGAACACGAGAAGGAGGUGCAGAACCGGAAGAGAGGCAAGAGGCCCAGGGGCAGGCCAAGGAAGCACACCACGGUGUCCUGUGGCCGGCGCUCCACGCUAAAGGAACCCGACGCUCCCCCCAAAUCCAGCACGUCCUCUUCAUCCUCUACGUCUUCCUCCGCCUCGUCCGACGAAGAGGAUGACAGUGAUUUAGAUGCCAAGAGGGGCCCCCGGGGCCGCGAGACCCACCCAGUGCCUCAGAAGAAGGCCCAGAUCUUGGUGGCCAAACCCGAAUUGAAGGAUCCCAUCCGGAAGAAGCGAGGCCGCAAGCCCCUGCCCCCGGAGCAGAAGGUGGCGCGGAGACCCGUGAGCCUCGCCAAGGUGCUGAAGACCGCCCGGAAGGACCUGGGGGUGCCGGCCAGCAAGCUGCCCCCUCCGCUCAGUGCCCCUGUGGCGGGCCUGGCCGCCCUGAAGGCCCACGCCAAGGAGGCCUGCGGUGGCCCCAGUGCCAUGGCCACCCCGGAGAACCUGGCCAGCCUGAUGAAGGGCAUGGCUGGCAGCCCCAGCCGGGGCGGCAUCAGCUGGCAGAGCUCCAUCGUGCACUACAUGAACCGAAUGAGCCAAAGCCAGGCCCAGGCUGCCAGCAGACUGGCCCUCAAGGCCCAGACUGCCGGCAAGUGCGGCCUCGGGCUGGACCUCAAGGUGAGGACACAGAAGGGGGAGCUGGGGAUCAGCUCCCCGGGAAGCAAGGUCUCAAAGGCCCCCAGCAGUGGGGCUGUGGAGCAGAAAGGGGGGAGUGCAGGGGGGCCCCCCUAUGUCCACAGUAGUAGUAAGGGCCCUGCCGGGUGCCUGGGCCCCCAGCCUGCCCCCACGCAGGAGCUGAGCCUCCAGGUCUUGGACUUGCAGAGUGUUAAGAACGGCACCGCAGGGGUGGGCGUGGCUGCCCGCCAUGCCACAGCCAGCAAGGUUGUCCCUGUCACCAGUCCAGCCACGGGAAAGAGCGCCGGGGGCGGCCCCACGGGGGGGAGUGGGGCCAUGAUGCUCUCCGACACCAGCAAGAGUGAGAAGCUGCCUUCCAGGCUGGCAGCUCUGUCCUCCUCUGCAGGCAAAAGGGACUGUCUCAGGGGCAGCGCAGCCCCCGGCGGGCAGGAGGGCCACGCGGCCCCCGGGGAAGUACCCAAGACAGGCUUGCCGGCAGAGCUGAGCCCCGGAGAGGAGAGCAGCUCCGACUCAGAUCCUGGCUCAGCCUCGCCACCCGGCGCCGUACAAAACCCAUCCGUGUCUGUCCAGACCAGCCAGGACUGGAAGCCCACCCGUAGCCUCAUUGAGCAUGUCUUUGUCACCGAUGUCACUGCCAACCUCAUCACGGUCACGGUGAAGGAGUCCCCCACCAGCGUGGGCUUCUUCAACCUUAGACAUUACUGAUGCCCCCUCGCUGCCCGGCUCUUGCCUGCCCUUCUCUGGCCUCUGGUUUUGCUUUGAUACCUGCCCUACACCCCCAAGCCUUUUCUGGGGUCCGGGUGGCCUCCUUCAAGGGCAGGCUUGGAGGGGACAUGCCCCAGCCCUGCCUGUGAUUUCAGGCAGGCUAGUACCUUGAUGCCUUGCCAAGGCCUGGCCUUGCCCUCCUUCCUACCUCUGGGCCUUUGCUUCACUUCCCACAUGCCUCAGGAAGUCUGCCUCCCAUGUCUCUGGCCGAACAUUCUUCAAGGCCAUCCCGUGUUUGCUAUUUGAACUGCCCUGUCUGGCCUGUGACGACAGGGCGGUGGUCAGCUUUCCUCUGGAUUUCUGGGGGGGCACAGCUAUUAGAGGAGGGAUCGAGCUUGGUAGUUCUUGCCCAGUGAUGGGGAAGGAGCAUGGACUGGGGUGGGGGCAAGGCCCUGACAGACGGACAGGUCUCAACUAUAUUUGUACAAGAUGGGCGGGGGGCAGUUAAGGGACCUCGCCAGUCAGGACUCCCCUUUAGAGCGGUGCCCGAUGGCCAAGGACCAGGGACCUGUCCGUCUCCCUGUCCCUGCCCCAUGCCAACAGCUCAAGGCUGCGGCCCGAAUGUAGGCCAGGUGCUGGCUGUUGGGGUGUUCGGGAACCCUACAGACAUCCCUUGGUGCCCUGUAAUUCUGGUUCACAUUAACAACUGCAGCACCCCAAUGUUGGUCGGAAGUCAGCAUGAACUGGGAGGGACUGGUCCCAGAGCUGUUUCCCUAGAGCCUUCCCAUUUCUGGAGGGGGCAAAAGCAGAAGGGUGUUACUUUGGCUGCCCUCCUUUCUGCUGUUUAUUGCUCUUCUGUGCAAGGACAGCCAUGGCCCCACAAACUGCCUCGGAGAGCCCCUGGAAGGUGAGAGUGUGGGCAGUUGCUGGAGGUAGGCCCGCCCUCCCGUGGCCAGCUAGCUUCCGGCUUUGGGCAGGUGUUUGGCAUGGCUUCCGCCACAUGGGCACCGCCUCUCCCUGACAAUCCUUCCCACCUUUGGGGAUUCCGUGUGCUCCUUCCCAACUGCGAAGCUGUGCCCCUGAACCGUUUGGAAAUGGGGCACAAUCUGAGUGUCCCCCCUGGCAGAGGGCCCCCAGAAAGGCCAGAUCUGCCAGCCCAGCUUGCCUCCCCUCAGAUGCGCCAAACCUGGGCGCUGCCUGGUUUGGCUUGUGGCAGGAAGGUGGAUUAAGGUGUGGGGUCUUCGUGAUGCCAAAAGAAAAGUGGAGGUGCGGGGUCCUCUUCUGCCCCAUUGGUUGGUGGACACCAGCCCGCAGGUGUGGGCACUCCCUCUGUCCUGUUGCCUUGAUCACAGGGGAGCCCAGGCUCACGCGGUGGUCCCUGCUUUCGGAGGGGUAGGCCUGCCAGACCUCCAGCUCCCUCAUCCCUCACCCUCUGCGCCAAAUAGAGAUGGCUUUUGUGUGUCUGAAUCCAUUUCAACAGUGUGCCUUUGGGGACAGACCCGUGUCCAGGACCUUGCCAAGGGGUAUCCGCGUGCAGCUUCUGGGUCUUCUGCGUGGUAGCCUUUGUGGGUGGCAGCAGGAGUGGUGCCCAUCUUGGCAGAGCUGAGGGUCCCAGACAACCAGGCUAGAACUGGAAAGCAGGCAGUAAAGGGGAGAAUUGCCCCAUCCGCCCUUCCCCUCAGGAAGCGGGGUUGGGGGGCAAUUGCAGCUCACUGCACGGUCUGGAAGAAAGGGAUCGCUGCACACGGGGCUGCUAACACCAGCUUCCCCUCCGGUUCCCAGACACCCAGAUGCUCCCUGGCUGUGAAUAGAGGGGCUCCUCUGGGAUGCCUCCCCCUCGGAGGGGCUGACAGCCUCCAGGUUUUGCAGCUCCCUCUCUGCCAUGCACCGCAUCGUGCGGAGCCAGGCCACCAGCAGCCCUGCAAGCCCUUGGGGUGACUGGGGGCUCCCGUGGGCUGCUGGACAAAGGGUGUCGGCGCUGACUUGACCUUCUCAGCGGCCGGGUCUCCAAACCCCGACGUGGUGCCUUUCCGUUUACCAGCUACAUCAGUCCCAAAGCUGACUCUGCAGACACCUUACUCCCAGCCACUUUGCCUUCGUGCUGUGUUGUGUGGGGGUUUUUGGUGCUUGUGACUCCGUGUGGUUCAUGUUUGAAAGGGGGUGUGUGUGUGUGCACGUGCAGGCGUGACUGCCUUCGCUGGAGAAUUGAUUGUCAUGUUUACCAAUAAAAGUAGUAACUACUCUUUUAUUUGCUGCUAUGUGUGUGUGCGUGCGUGUGUGUGUGUGUGUGUGUGUGUGGCAUCAGUCACAGCUGACUGGGGAUUCCUUGUUGAUUCUGCAGGAUUCCCUGCAUGGACUGCAUCACGGCGUGUCCUGAAUGGGUGUUUUAAUCCUGUUGUGUCUUUGUUUGCUUGUCAUGGAGAGGAACAAGUGGCCAGUCUGUCCUCUUAAGAGGAUUUGACAUAUUUUUAUAUAUAUAUUUUGGUACCAAAAAGAGUGUGCCUUGUUUUGGUUACACUCAAAAUUCUGACCUGACUAAGAGGGCUCUGGGCCUAGAGGUUUCGCUGGGGAAACAGGACCAGAGCUUUGCACCGGUGCCAGUUGCUGGCUUGAUUUGUGUUUUUUAAUUAAAAAAAAAAAAAUCAUUCAUGUAUGCCACUUCUAAUUGCUUUAAACUAUGGCUGUUUGCUUUUUUAAAAGCGAACAAACGGUGAAUAUGUUAUUGCCCUGGGAAGUGUAAGAUCUUUGUUGAAGCAGGACAGCAGCCCAGCCCCCAUGUUCAAUCAGGCCCUACCAGUGAGAGAAAAUGCUUCCCCCAGGAAGCCUGCGGUGGUUUGGGGGGGUGGGAGGAGGGGCAAGGUAGCGCCUAGAUGACCUGACUUUUCCUCAAGUACAUCUAAAGAUUCUAAAGAUUCUGUUGCUUUUCUAGUAUUUUUGGAAAACUAACACUAGGCCUAGGUUGCAGUUUUUUUUAUUUUUUGACGUUAAUUUAUUUUGCAGGGGAAAGACAUUAGCGAGUGGUGUCAGGGUUUGUCUUACUUUCUGUUAACUUAGUAUAUAAAUAAAUUUUUUUUAACUUGUC